GUUGCUGUCUGGGCAUGCUGGGAGUUGUGGUUCUGCAGCGGUUGGGGGUUCACAGCUUGAAGACCACUGCUAUAGAGGGUGCAAAUGUAUCUGAGCCCUGGAACUCAAAUAAUGUGAAAUAUGAGAUGAUCAAAAUGGAGCCCCUGCACUAAUUACUUGGGUUCUGAGGUCUGUAAGGUCCAUAGUAAAAACAUCAGGUUCUGUCUAUAGCAGAUACUAAAUCAUGGCAGCUCAAAGAAACAAGCAGUCAUUCUGACAUGUCACAUGUGAUGUCAUAGACAGCUGGAGGCCUGACAUCCCACUGACAGCCGCCCGAGCCUUCAGUCUGUUCCAGUGCGAUUAGUGAGAAUAGUGAGAUUAGCGUCUUCUUUUUCUACUUGUCUGAAAUGGAGCUAAAAGGACUGGGGUUCGUCCCCCUCCUGUUGGCGUUUUGGUGUGCGGCCUGGCUUGCCACCAGCUACAUCAUGACGGUCGUCCUCGGCCAUGCAGCCUCGCCACUGAUGAGCAUCAGUGACGUGGGAAAUGUCUUUCCCGAAAGCAUAUUAUUCAGAAUUGGAUUUAUAGGGACGUCCAUUGGCACUUUGGUACUAACCUUUCUUAUUUAUAAGUAUAUGGUUAUGCAUACUGAAGAGUUCAGGGGUCAUCAGGUCCUGAUCCAGAGGAUCCUGCUGGCCAUUGUGUGGGCCUCCUGUUUUUCCACAGCUGUUAUGCAUGUAUUGUCCCCCGAAGAAUAUCCCAGGAUACACUUUGUCAGCACGAUAAUUUCCAUUACAUGUGAAGCCUUAUACUACCUUGGGCAGUCCAUCCAGAUGUAUAAAUUACCAGGAGCAAAAAAAGUCAUCCACCAUAGUAGAUGCACCUGCUGUGGCCUGACUUUUGUCUGUGUAGUUUUCUAUUUUGGAUAUGAAACAUUAAAGGAAUUAUUCCAUAAUGAUGAAGACUGGGACGAGAUCCGUGAAAUCCCCAUCAUAAUCAUCGAGUGGGUGAUGCUUCUACUGAUCCUGAUAAACAUCGUGACCUAUUAUUCCACCAUGCAGAGGUUAUUGUUGACCGUCUCCAGAAACAGCUGCACACUCUCUCUUAGAGUAAAAAUUGAUGACUUCGGGGUGUAGACCACCACGGGGGCCAUCAAGUGGACUUCUGGGAGAGAUACUGCACAGGACACGGAAAACA